AGAAGAGGAGUGAACAAGAGAAGAAAAGAGCAAGCAGAGAGUAAGCACUAUGUUUGGGGUGUAAGGAGGUAUUAAAAAGAGAGAGACGUGUGUGUGACUCGGGACAGGUUCAACUCCCAGAGAGCGACAGAGACAGCGAGGGAAAGUGUCACGCAGCUUCGGGCAGCUCAACAUCUCCUCUCCAGCCUCCUCUCCUCUCCUCCUGUGCUGCAGAGCACCGGCCGAGGGACCAUGCAGCAGCGGUGGACUCUUCCCCGGCUUGGUGCUCUCCUGCUGGGGCUGAUGGGGACUCUGGUCUCGGGCACCGAGUCAGACUUCCAGCAUCACCGCUAUGAGGAGUUAGUGCGAGCCCUGUUUGCAGUGCAGAGUGAAUGCCCCUACAUCACACGCAUUUACAGCAUCGGGCGCAGCGUGGAAGGACGCCACCUCUACGUGCUGGAGUUCAGUGAUAAUCCAGGAAUCCAUGAGGCAUUGGAGCCGGAGUUCAAGUACGUGGGCAACAUGCAUGGUAACGAAGUGGUGGGCCGCGAGCUGCUCAUUAAGUUCUCCCAGUUUCUGUGUGAGGAGUAUCGUGCCGGAAACGAGCGGAUCAUGAGACUGAUUCAUGACACACGCAUCCACAUCCUGCCCUCCAUGAACCCCGACGGCUACGAGGUGGCAGCCAGACAGGGGCCAGAGUUCAACGGCUACCUGGUGGGUCGAGGGAACUCCAGGGAAAUCGAUCUGAACCGCAAUUUUCCGGAUCUGAACGCGCUCAUGUACUACUACGAGAAGACCAACGGCCGAAAUCACCAUCUGCCACUGCCAGACAACUGGGAGCAACAGGUUGAACCAGAGACUUUGGCAGUCAUAAAGUGGAUGCAAAACUACAACUUUAUUCUGUCGGCCAACCUCCAUGGAGGGGCUGUGGUGGCCAAUUACCCCUUCGACAAGUCCAGAGACCCGAGGAUCAGAGGGAGGACCACCUACGCUGCCACUCCAGAUGACAAAAUUUUUAAAAAGUUGGCGAGGACCUACUCGUAUGCUCACAGCUGGAUGCACAAGGGCUGGAACUGUGGCGACUUCUUUGAUGAGGGAAUCACCAACGGGGCCAGCUGGUACUCUUUGUCCAAAGGCAUGCAGGACUUCAACUACCUGUACACCAACUGCUUUGAGAUCACACUGGAGCUGAGCUGUGAUAAGUUCCCACCAGCAUCAUCACUACCCAGAGAAUGGCUGGGCAACCGAGAGGCGCUGGUUUCCUACCUCGAACAGGUGCACCAUGGGAUAAAAGGCAUGGUCUACGAUGAAAACAACAAUCCCAUCGCCAACGCUGAGAUCUCAGUGGCCGGCAUCAGUCACGACGUGACCAGCGGAGUGGACGGGGAUUAUUUUAGACUCCUGCUGCCAGGCACCUACACUGUGACAGCGUCUGCCCCAGGCCACGUCCCGUCCACCAGCACAGUCACAGUGGGACCAGCCGAGGCCAUACAGCUCUAUUUUUACUUGAAAACGGCACCAAAACAAAACCUGAACGUCAAGCAUCACCACGGCAAGAAAAACAUCUCAUCCACCAAGGUCCCUUUAAACCUCGGCCCCAGAUGAGACAUGGACAAUAAUAGGCCAGCACACACACGUGUACACACACACACACACACACACACACACACACACACACACACUCAAGCACAUAACCACAUACACACACGUGCACACACAUAAACACACACACACACACACACAAAUUAUGGGAAUGAUAAAUGAACAUAAUAUAUGUCAUUUUACCUUUGUAGUCCUAUGAUAAUCUAUUUCAAACCUCAAUGUUUUGUUACUUUUUUGUUUGUUUGUUUGUUUUUGUCCAUAAACAUAAACUGUUUGUUUUGUGUGUCGUGUAGAAAUGUUUCAAGCCUGGUGUAUUUAUGUAAGUGUUUAUUUGUAUGAGCACGGCCAGCCUAUAUUUGUAAAGGACAUUUUGAGUUGAUCACUAUAAUUUGAUGAAAAUGAAAAGUGAAAAUAAAACAGUUGUUUUACUGUUAAAA